CCGGGGUCUGUUGGCUGCUUUCAUAGUCACAUAAGACUCUGUCUCUACAUUCAGUGUUGUUCACUGAUGGUUUCUUUGAAGUUCACACAGAUUAUAAUAACAGAAACGUCUAGACCAGCAUAAGUAAACAGCAUUUCUGUGAGUUCAUGUCACGUUUUAUUUCUGAAGAGCUGUAGUGACCUUCAACAAAAGUCCAAUACUGCCCAAUACUGGAUACUGAAACCAACACUGACCCAAAGUACUCGGUUAACACGAUGAAUUGAUUUCACCUACGCUGUUUGGAGGCAGUCUGUAGUCUAAAUCUUCACCAAAGCCCCAUAUGAUAGUGCAACGUGGAGGACUGCAGCAGUUAAGGCGGGUGGUUGAAGUGUUGCUGCACAGGAAGUUGCUGAGCAAAGCUGAGAGGUUGCACAGACAUGGACGUCUACUAUCAUUUGCUUCUUGUCUUUCUUCUGGCUGGGUUCUGCUCGAUCGAAAAAUGGUCAGCUGAUGCCUUUGAGAGUAGGCUGGUUCCUGGCAAGCCACUGAACGUCAGCAAGAAUGAUACGGGUGUUAAAAAGGCUGUACAAACUGCAACCUACUCAUUCAACAACCGGUCCAACGAUGCUUAUUUUUUCAAGGCAUCAGCUAUUGAUGAUGCCCAAAGACAGAUUGUUAAAGGUAUCAAGUACCUGCUGAAGGUCGAGAUAUCGCGGACUGUGUGCAGGAAGAGAGAGGGUGAUGUUGACCUUGCUAACUGUGACUUUCAGCCACAUGGUUUGUUGCAGCAGACGUUCCUCUGUAACUUUGAAGUGUGGGCCGUACCAUGGCUGAAGAUAAUGAAGACCACAUUUUGCCUCUGCCUUCCUUCAAACAAGUCCUAAUAUGCCAUUUUCAAAGACAACUGUAAAUGCGAAAUGGCACGGUAUGCUAAUUUAACCGUGAGCUGGCACAGAAUAAAAUAUGCAACUGGAAUUUAAACGAGAUGUGGAUGUAAACUUUUGAUCAUGUUCAGUGACUAGUUAUCGUUUCUCCUCGGGAUCCGACUGACCGUAAAUUCAGAAUAUCUAGCUUGCAUGUAAUCGUGUGGUGUAAAUUAUUCACAAGCUUCUGCCUUGUGAUGUGCUGAGGCAGAUUUGUAACGCUACGCUAGAUCGGGGAGAGGGUCUCUUUCAGGUCCAGUAGCUGUUCAGAGAAGUUACUUUUUAUUAGACCUCUUACUCUUCCUUAAUCUCAGAGCACUGGAAGCUCUUUUAGAAGCUGCAUACAGCCUGAUCUCAU